AGUAGUCUGUCUCUGGAGGUGAUCAUCCCUUGCAUUGUUGGGCAAAUUUUUGUACCCCUCAUCAGCUCAGUGCACCCCUUCAGGUACCCCUUCAUGGCCACUUGUGUGCCCCUUGCAUUGCACGCUUGGCUACCUGCCUUUUUUUCACAAGCCCUUCCACAAUACUCCAUUGACUGACAAUGGGUGUACAGUCAUCACCAACCACCAGUGCUGAAAACACCUCCCGGGUGGGUAAUAGGGUCUUUUAGGUCUCUGUCAUCUUUUCACAGAAGGCAGGAUGCUGUCUUGUCUGUGAAUGGAGUUCAUUGGGAAUGCUCAUUCAUCCAUUUGUCCAUGCUUGAAGCUAGGUGAUCUUGGCUCUGUAACUAAUCUGAGUCCGUCCACAGAGGAAUGAGGAUUUCUGUCCAACAUUUCCUGUAAUGUGUGCUAUUUUUUGUUGAUUAUUUUCUCUCAGGAUUUUACAACGACAAGUUGUUGCCUGACUUGAAGACUCGCCAUGAGGACCAACUCGAGAUACCAGAGACGUUGAUGCUAACGAUCAAACACCAAAGAUCUUGCAAUGAGUACCGGUGCUCAUUGAUUGGACAGUGCGUCCUCAGACUGCCAUUAUGCCGAGCGAAGACAAGAAAGCCAGGCAGUCGGAACUAACCAAAGAAACCAAAGAAUUGACAAGACUUCUUGAGCUACUGAAGACCCCAACAAGUAAACAGCAGUUGCCAUCACUUGAUUAUGACCCUGCCAACAUCAAUAACAACAACAAUGUCUUGAAAUCAGGGAACGGGGCCCAGCGACCUGCCAAAUCAGGGUCAUGUCAGCACCAAAGCUCAGAGGCAGUGGCUUUGGAAAAUUUCAGCACAAAAUAUCAAAAUGAAAGAAAUUUUGGCAGUCACAAACACCAGGAGCUUUUUGAUAAGAUCUUCUCAGCCCUUGUCAAAAGUAGAUUAUGCCAAAUAGAAUGGUCGGAGAGAGCACCCCCAGAAAACAUUGUCAGGGUUUUACUGUGCCUUCGAAUGUUAUUGAGAGACCAAGCCUACCAGAAAAUUCUGUUCAAGUCGGAGGGUGUGAAAGUACUGUCUGAGAAACUGCAUAUAGCAACAGAGAGCUACCUCAGGAAUGGACAACAACCGUUUAUGGUGGAUAUCCUCAAGGAAAUGACCAACAUUUUCCAGAAAUUGGCAAGUGAUGAGAAACAGCGAGAGCUGCUCAUCGCGUACGGGGCACACAAGCCACUAGUGUUACUACUAUCAGCCAGUGAUGUACUGGUGCUGCACUGUUCACUUUAUGCACUCAUUAGUAUAGCGCAGAGCCCCGAGCCGAGAGCUGUGAUUGGGGAGUUGGACUGCAUUGAGACCCUACUCAGAAUCAUCCAGGAAUACGACAUGCUGUCCAAAAAGUUGGCGGCAGUCUUACUGAGGACCCUGUGCCUGGAGAGUCAAGUCAAGGAACAAGUCAAGAUUUGUGAUGGCGUCCCAGUCCUACUCAGUGUCUUACACUGUGACAACAUCAAACUGCUCUUAGAUGUGGUGUGGUGUAUAGUCUUGCUUUCUGGAGACUUGGACACAAGCAACGAUGUCCGAAUCAUGGGUGGUAUUCCUCUGCUGUUGUCGUUACUUCAGGGUAAACAUUUCACGACAGACCGUAUGGCAACAAGCAGCCUGCCCAGUGCCAGCUCGUCUGGACGAAUACAUUCCUUGAAUUUUCCCGAAGAAACGGAAGAAGUGCAGCUGUCAGAUAUAUUUACUCUACAGUCAGCUUGCUGUUCAGCCUUAACAGAACUUGUACUGAAUGACACCAACGGCCAGCAAAUUGUACAGAACAAUGGUAUUUAUUGCCUUGGGAUGUUGAUAUUUCCAAGAGCAACUACAAGCUCAAGGGAAGCCGAAGCAAUGACCAAUUUACAGAAAAAUGCAUUCCGGACGCUGCGUUUCCUGUUCAGCAUGGAGAGGAAUAGACAGAUGUUCAAGCGGCUCUUCCCUCCGGACCUCUUUGAGACGUUCAUUGAUGUGGGGCACUACGUGAAGGACAUCAAUGCGUACAAUUCUUUGGUGACACUGGUCAACAGCCUGGCUGAUGAAAAGGUUCAAGAGAUCCAACUGACAUUUCAGGAAGUCAAUCAGAACAAGGAACCUUCGAAAUUAAUCUCAGGCUACCUGGUCUAUGAGCAUCUCGGCACAGGAGCAUUCGGCAGUGUCUACAAGGUGAAGAAGAACACAGGGGAGAAUUUCCUGGCCCUGAAGGAGAUUCGCUACAACAACCCAGCCGUUGGGAAGACGGUCAAGGAGAAGGAUAAGAGCAUUGAUAGCAUCGUCAGUGAGCUGUCUAUCAUCAAGGAGCACCUCCGACAUCCUAACGUUGUUCGUUACUACAGGACAUUCAAAGAGAACGAGAAUCUGUACAUCGUGAUGGAACUGAUAGAGGGCGCCCCACUCUACGAACACUUCAACUCUCUCAAGGAGAAAGGGGAGCAGUUCUCGGAGGAGCGCAUCUGGCACAUCUUCCUGCAGAUCGUCCUAGCGCUGCGGUACCUGCACAAGGAGAAGAAGAUUGUCCACCGAGACUUGACACCCAACAACAUCAUGCUGGGGGAGAACGACAAAGUCACAAUCACUGACUUUGGCCUUGCGCGACAGAAGCAACCAGAUGCCAGCAAGAUGACGUCAGUGGUUGGGACCAUCCUGUACAACUGCCCCGAGAUCAUCCAGAAUCAACCCUACGGCGAGAAGGCUGAUGUCUGGGCAGCUGGCUGCAUCCUGUACCAGAUGUGCAUGCUGAAGCCUCCCUUCUACAGCUCCAACAUGCUGGCGUUGGCGAGCAAGAUCGUGGAGGCCGACUAUGAGCCCAUACCCGCAGACAAGUACUCCCCGCUCAUGAUAUCCACCAUCAGACAGUGUUUGACAGCCGAUCCAGACAAGAGGCCGGACAUCGUCCAGGUGGGUGGCCUGAUAGCCGACAUCAUGAUGCAGAACAUGGACGCGCUCAGAACUAACCAGAUCAGCUUGGAGAAGAAACUAGACCGGGAAAGGAAGAGGACGCAGAGACACCACAACGAGGCCACCAAGAACAUGCAGAACUACCACCGUCUCUUCUUGGCAUCGCAGGAGAGGUACGACAAGCUGGCAAACCUGGCCGGCAGCGGUGGGGCGUCCAGCAUCAAGAGUGACUCUGACUCAAACGACGUCUUUGAAUCCAGCGACGAGCAGCCCCCGCCAAACCGACCCCACCACAUCGGACUGAACGGCAGCAGGUCACGGUACGGUCUUCACGACACAGACAAGAGCGUGGAGAGCGGUAUUGAGGAAGAUGAUUCCUGCCUCGGCUGUGAUAGCCUGGACUCCAGUGGUAGCAGCUCCGUCCUUGGUUCCAGCCUCAACCUCAGUUCCAGUCAGAAUCGGGGCACGUUUGCUGUGCCCCGCCCGCCGACAGUUGCCAAGAGCAGUAACGGUGGGAUGCGAUCCCUCACGGUUGAUGUGCAAGCCGUCAAUCGUGCCCUAGCUCAGCAAGGCUUAGCCUCGCCUGCUGACACCGCGACACCAGUGACGGACCGAGGCCGGCUGCUGAGGUCACAGAGUGGGUCGUUUCUGGAGACGCUGAGACGACAGUCAUCCAAUAGUGGGAAGCCUCGGCCACCCUCUGCGGCGCCCACCCUGACCAUCUCCCCCCGCAAGGUGCGGCAGAUCAGCGACCCUGUCCUCAAGAUGCUGCACACCAUCCACAAGAUCAUCUUCAUCUGCCAGCUGCCGCCGACGCUGUCCCCCAACCCCCGCCGCAAGGUCAUUGAGAGGUUCAAGAAGGCCCUCUUUGCCCCCCAGAGCAGCUCGGUCAACUUGAAGAACGAGCUCAAGAAGCUGGUUAACGGCUCCAAGGAGCUGAUCGAUCUCAACCUGUGCACCACCGAGGCCUCGUACCUCCUGAAGCAGGCCAGUCACGAGGAGUCCCACAUGCAGGUGUCGGGCGAGAAGCCCUCCAUCGGAACCAGUCUUGACCCCAACGACACCGAGAUUGGCAUCACCUACGAGCAGAUGCAGAACUUCAUUGAGAGCGUGCUGGUGGAGAGCGGGUACUACGCCAUGUCGCCCAAUGCAAGGAAUCGGAGUAUGCCACUGGGUCCAAUCAUCACCAGCCCACCCACACUUCGACGGAACAGCUCCUAUGAGGUAGGAUCAACCUAGCCUGGGCCGGGGGACCAAAAGAUGGAAGAUUUGUAUCAAAAGUUUUGGGGCCUGAACCACAAACAGGGAAGCUUCGGCAACGCGCUGUUCAUGUACAUACCACGAGAAAUCUUUCAAAUACAAAAAGACGGUUGAUAUAUUGACAUUCUGGAAAAUAUACAGAUUAGUAAAUCUGGAAUUUUGCAUGUGAUGAUUAUUUAAGUUGAAGUGGAUUUUAAUUGACGCCACCACUUUUCAAGAGAUGGAAAUCUUGGUCAAACUUGUCUGAAGUCAGUAUUAGUGCCGUACAGGAAUGGGCAAAUGGAUCAAACGUUCAGAAACAUCUGUUUUGCUGAAUAUGGCAUGUACAAAACCAAACUCUAUAUUGCAUAAAGAAAAGACAGAUCUAUUGGAAAAUCUAUAUGAAACAGAGAAUUUAUUGUAAAUUUGGUAGUUUUGAUUGCUGGCGCAUGUGGUUGUUAAACUAUAUAUCUCAUCUUCCGUCCAAUAAAGAUGAAUAUAUGAUUAAGUUAAGUUAUAUAUAUUUUUGAUAGGUGCUUUGUAUAUAUUAUGUACAUAAGUGUGCAGCGUGUGGAGGAUAUCAAUAAUUAAUUGAUAUUUCAUAAUAUGAUUAAUCCGUCCAGUCAUUAUACACGAUACUGCUUAACGAUGAAUUUGCACUUGAUUUGUUGAGAGUGUCAUUUCUUUCGCUUGAAAUUGGAAUAUUUUGCAAAGCUGCCUCCUUUGAAAUUGUUCUGUCCCUUGCCUCAUACCAAUCCUUUCGCCAACCGACGAUGCCUGGGAAUUAAUCACGUUGGCCAAAUUUUGAAACAUUAAUGUCAUGAGUACAAGUCCAUGGUAUCGGACAGAAAAGAACAUGGAAAACAUUUGGGCAUUCAACAGGUCCUUCUUUGUUGAGUUGAACAAACUGUUUUUACAUGGGACAAAUCUAUUAGAUGUCACAGUUUUGUUUCUUCAAAUUUUCACCUUGUAAAACUUUACAUUCCGAACAAGUGAGAAAUUCAAAAUAACGAAUUAAGCGAGAAAAUGCAGCUUCUCAUAAUUGCUCGUGACUGUGUUCUCGUUAACUACAUAUACAAUUUGAAUUAAAUUUGUGAUUGUUUAUCACUAUAAAUUAAGAAUGUGUGCCAGUUAAAUAACAUCCAUCCACUUGAUUCAUAAAUUCUUAACUUACUUUGGAAAGUCGGCGAUUCUGAUUAUAUCUACAACAUUCAUUUCAUCUUGAACUUUGAUCUUCCGUCCAGAGGUUUCUGAAAUUUAUUAGGGGGGGGGCUGGUCAUCAAAAGGAGAAUGACUCUGUAUCUUGAUUGGCCGAGAGCUUGUCACAUGACAAAAACUCAGCCACACUGAAAUGACCCUUUUGGAUUUGACUUGAAUCAAUAAACCGUGUGCCUGCACCAAGUUGCACUUAAUUAAUACAGCAUAAUGAGUUAUUCACACAUUCAACCGUAAGUAGAGGUUUCUACUGUGCCCCCAUUCCCCCAUUCAAUUUCAAGUGUAAAUAUGUUCUAUUAUCAAGAGUAUUUUGUAUAUUGAGACACAAGUUUCUUUUUCUGUACAUAUUGAGAUCUUUAUGCACGUUGGGCAUUUUCAACCCCCCCUUUGGGUGGCACUAUAAAAAUUGUACAUUGUUAUCUGCACUGAGUGUCUUUUAAAUAAUGCUUUGGUGACAUUUUACAUUGUAUUACCAAUGUUGCUGUGUUUCACAUCCAGUUUUUUUUUCUGUCCGCUGAGAGACCAUUUCCUUUAGAACUGUAAAUUUCUGAAGUUUGAAAACUUUAAUCGGCAAGCUGGCCUGGCCUGUAUAAAUUUUUCACUGUAGGAUGUUAAUGUUGAGAAAGAAGAACUUGAACAGUUUGAAUUGGGAUUCAAAUCAGUGGUGCACCCAAAAUAGUUGUGCCAAGUGCUUUGGGCUUUCCAAUUGAGUUUACCUACUCUAUGAAGAUGUGGCCCUCUAGUGGUUAAAACAAGAAAGUUGCAGUGUUAGCUUUCUGCUAUUUUCCAUCCGAUGCCAGUUAGUGUUCAACAUGCUACAUAUUACCCAUAUGAAACUACAGCCAAUCAAUCAGUACCCGAGGUGUCACACAUCUUGGUUAAUCCUACCUACGUUAGUUUUUAGUUAUAACUGUGUAUAGUUUCAUUUGAUUUUUGUUGAUGCCGUCCAACUGCAGUCAGCUUGUUUAGAAUUUGUUUUAAUUUGUUGUAAUUUCCUUUCAAUGAGGAAAAACAGUAUGAAAUUGGAUGAUGCUUUUACCUUGAUGAAUUUGUUGUAAAUGAUUUUACAUUGUAGAACAAUGUAAGUUUGGUUAUCUGUGAUUCACAGGUUUUAUUUUUGUGAUGGGGUUAGUGCUUGUUUGACAUGAUUGCAUUUUAAAUUGGUCUUAUCUUAAGACACUUCACUGGCAUUAUCUGAUUACUUCAAAUUUACCUCUCAAGCCCCCAAACAUGUAUUGAUGUUUAUGUGUUUGAUUUACUUUCCAGAACAUAUUAAGAACUAAAACAUUCCCUUGUUGAAUUUUAUUUUUCAUUUUUAUGAUGCACCUUGUGUCUGCCAGUCAGAUGAGGCACUUGUUGGAAUAAACAUCUGAGAGCGACUCACA